GCAGGAAAGUUGGCCGUAGGAAGGAGAUCGAGCACCAGGCCAGCAAGGUGCAAGCUUUGGUCCAGUCCACCGUUCAACUCCAUUUUCAGCUGAAAACAACCCCCUUCAAGCUCCGUUGCUAUAUAAUCAAAGCAGAAACACCGUGGAUUCACCCUAGCUUAGAUUAAGCUGAAGAUGGGAAGUUUCGGGAAGGCAAUCUACUCCGUCGGAUUCUGGAUCCGGGAAACCGGCCAAGCCCUCGAUCGCCUCGGCUGCCGUCUCCAAGGAAAUUACUGCUUCCAAGAACAGCUGACGAGGCAUCGCCCGCUCAUGAAUGUCGUUGACAAAACUCCGGUGGUUGACAAGGAGGCGUUUGUUGCCCCCAGUGCAUCUCUCAUCGGAGAUGUUCAGGUCGGACGAGGUUCUUCCAUUUGGUAUGGAUGUGUUCUGAGAGGUGAUGUCAAUAGCAUCACUAUUGGGUCUGGAACAAAUAUACAAGAUAAUUCCCUUGUUCAUGUUGCAAAAUCUAACUUAAGCGGGAAGGUUUUACCUGCCAUUAUUGGGGAUAAUGUUACCGUGGGUCACAGUGCUGUUUUGCAUGGAUGUACUGUUGAGGAUGAGGCAUUUGUUGGGAUGGCUGCAACACUAUUAGAUGGAGUAUAUGUUGAGAAACAUGCCAUGGUUGCUGCUGGUGCUCUUGUAAGGCAGAAUACUAGGAUCCCUUGUGGAGAGGUUUGGGGAGGUAGUCCAGCCAGGUUCCUGAGGAAGCUCACAGAAGAAGAGAUGGCAUUCAUUUCUCAGUCGGCUAUAAAUUAUUCCAGCCUGGCACAGGUUCACGCGGCAGAAAAUGCCAAGGCCCUUGACGAAAUUGAGUUUAAGAAGGUACUUCAAAAGAAAUUUGCUCGGCGUGAUGAGGAUUCAACGCUUGAAGUUGUUCGCGAGACACCUACCCAGCAUCUCUCCUGAUAACAUUCUGCAUGAUAAAAGCGCGAAAAACCAGUUGAGGGUUCAGUAAUACAGUAGUAGGUUCCUGCUCUUGAGAUUCAAUGUCACUGGAUAUUUUGUCAUCUGUGGAUUUACAGAGAAUGGCUGCUUUACAGUUCCAAUAAUUUUUGGGGGAGAGGCCCAGGCCAGAAUUCUUGAAAUUGAAUCCUGGUUUACACUCAGGCAUGUGCUAUUCUCCAUCCUCUUAAGACUUUAGAAACUUUUGAGUUUUUUGUUAUCUGGAAUCGAUAGAGUUGGAUAUAUAUCCUGGAGGUUCAAGUCGCCCAUGAUCUCCUGUAGUCUGCACUUGAGUUAAAUUUCUUAAACUUUGUUAGCUUGAUUUUAACUGGAAAAUAAACCGAGGGGAUUUUU